CAGAGCGGCGUGGUGCGCGAUAGUGCGCGCGGGUUUAGUUUUCAGUGAUCGCGCGGCGACGGCGCUCUCUGCCGGCGACCUCCGAAGUUUCGCAACUCGACACAUUUCCUAGUGCUAGUGAUGUGCUAAACUUAUCCGGUCGGAAGUCCACAUAACGUGUGCCGCAGUGACGUCAUCGGGGGACUCCGCAAGGGCAUCGGUUCGCCGGUCUUAGCAGGCAGUGGCGUCAUGGGACUGGGACACACAGUGAAUCUAACUAGGUGAUAACAAGCAGUGUUUAUGUAAUGAACUGUACAGUGUGUGCCGUGACAGUGUUGUGACAUGAACGGUGAAACGUGCCCGCUACACUCAACAAACACGUGGAAAUGAAAAGAGAAAAGUACAAGAACAUCAUACCGGAACACGGGCUGGGUGAGCGAUGAAGGGGUGGUUCGAUGCGUUCCGCGAGGAAGGCGGGCCGACCCUGUACGCGUACCACAACCGCACGGCCGUCGCGGCUGAUGUGCCUGCGCUUGCGCUGCUCAUCGCCGCGCUCACGCUCUACAUCGCCUUCCUCGCUGUCUUCCCCGGCAUCAGGAAAGAGAGAUUCUCAACGUUCACGAUAGUCACACUAAGCCUUUUCGUCGGCACCGUCAUUCUAGUAUGUAAGCACGGGUCGUCGUGGCAUGUGGCGGGCGCCCGCGUCGCUCGUGCGGCGUACCGCGCGUUCUCCGCCGAGCGGCUGGACUGCUGGCUCGCCGUGCAUGUGGGCCUGGGACAUGUCAACGUUACGCUCACUGCACUGUCCUGGGGCAACACGAGUAUUGGGGAUCCGGGCGUGGACUACAACGAGCAGUUCCGAUGGGAAGAGGCCGGAGCCAUUCAGGAAUUCUACCGAGAUGGCCUGACGCGGGGCCUGCCUUUUCCACUACUGUCAGUAGCAGAACACUUUGCAGUGCAGCAUGAGGGCUUCGAUUGGGGAGCCAAGUACCGUGCUGCAGGGUACACCACAUCUACGCUGUUAUGGGCGGCGAUAGCUCUGUGGCUACUGAUGAACCUGCUGCUGGUAGUCGUGCCGCGAUACGGCGCUUACGCUAUGGCCACGCUAGGCGUGACGCUAUGUGCUGCGGCCGGUGGCUACUGGGCCUCGCUACCACACGCACCGCUAGUCGUACGCCUUGACGGAGCGAUGCUGUUCUUCUCAUUAGGAUGGUGCUUUUGGCUUGUGUUAAUAGCAGGAUGUAUCUGCGUGACUGUGGGUUUAAUAAUCGCGAUCUUAGACCUGAUCUGGCCGCAUCGGUUCUCGACGGUGCUGGAGGUGGACUACGACACGCCAUACGACAGGCACGUUCUCAUUGUCGACAGUCGACAGCGAGCCAGGCCGCAGACACAGGCCUCAUUACCUACUAGGAUACUUAGAAGACUGUCAUCAAAGACUCGCGACACAGAAGGUCAGGUCUCAAUGUCAGUAGUUAGUGAAAACGAAAGAGGUCGGGACAACCCCGCCUACCAACAUGAACAUAGGAAGCCAAACUCACCGUGGAGGUACCCGCUCUUCAGGAGACAGAUUGAGAGAGUGGACUCCGCGUCAAGCCUGGGGUCAAGCAUAAACGGUAACAGUUCCGGUAUCAAGAUGUCGCCACUGGCCACGGGAGCACCCGUGGCGCCACCGUCGAUCCCGCCGCAUAGGUACCGUCCUCAAAUACCAGCGGCAGAGCGAGUGAAGGACAUGUGGUGAUUAGUGUAAUAAUAGCAUAAUUAAAUUACACUCAAAUAAUAAUAGGUGUUGGCGGUACGUCAUCUAAAGUUACUGAUCUCUGAGGACCUUCAUACAUGGUGAAUAGACAAGCCCACGAGUUAAACGAAUAUAUAGUGAUUUAGAUAUAAGAAUCCUGUAGAAACUACACAAACAAAAUUAAAUAAUUUAAGUACCAUAUAUUAAAAUGGCCGCUUGUAUAAAAUAUAUUCAAGUGUUUUAACC